CCCGCCCGCCCGCCGCCCGCGCGUCCGACGCGGGGGCCGCCGCCGUGUCUGCGUCCGCCAUGCGUCCCGGGGCGCCGGGGCCACUGUGGCCGCUGCCCUGGGGGGCCCUGGCGUGGGCCGUGGGCUUCGUUGGCUCCGUGGGCUCGGGGGACCCCGCGCCCGGUGGUGUCUGCUGGCUCCAGCAGGGCCGAGAGGCCACCUGCAGCCUGGUGCUGAGGACGGACGUGAGCCAGGCUGAGUGCUGUGCGUCUGGUAACAUCGACACCGCCUGGUCCAACUUCACGCACCCGGGGAACAAGAUCAGCCUCCUGGGCUUCCUGGGCCUCGUCCACUGCCUCCCCUGCAAAGGGAAACUGAGGCUGAAAGAUCAAGUCGAGCUCAGAGACGACCCUCCAGACCCACAAGCCACAGAGUUGGGGGGUCCAACGGGUCCGGCAUGGAGUUCUCACGCCGAAGUGCCCUGGCUUCUCCAACUCACAGCUGUGACCGUUUCCCCCUUUUAUUCGUGCGAGGGCGUGGAGUGCGGCCCAGGCAAGGCCUGCCGCAUGCUGGGGGGCCGUCCGCGCUGCGAGUGCGCACCCGACUGCUCGGGGCUCCCAGCGCGCCUUCAGGUCUGCGGCUCGGACGGCGCCACCUACCGCGACGAGUGCGAAUUGCGCGCCGCACGCUGCCGCGGCCACCCAGACCUGCGCGUCAUGUACCCCGGCCGCUGCCGCAAAUCGUGCGCGCACGUUGUGUGCCUGCGGCCGCAGUCAUGCGUAGUGGACCAGACCGGCAGCGCGCACUGCGUGGUGUGCCGCGCGGCGCCCUGUCCCGCGCCCUCCAGCCCCGGCCAGGAGCUCUGUGGCAACAACAACGUCACCUACAUGUCCUCGUGCCACCUCCGCCAGGCCACCUGCUUCCUGGGCCGCUCCAUCGGCGUGCGCCACCCAGGCAGUUGUGCAGGCACCCCCGAGCCGUUAGAUGCUGAGUCGGAGGAGGAGGAGGAGGAGGAGGAGGAGGAGGAGAACUUUGUGUGAGCCUGAGGG